AGAGAGAGAGAUGUGAUAAGGGAGAGAGAUACAUGACCAUCUCUGUGAAAUGAAAAGAGAGAGACAGUGAGAGAGGGAAAGAGAGUGGAAUAGAAGAGAGUGAGAGCGGGAAUGAGAGAGUGAGAGAGACAGAGAGACAGAGAGAGAGAGGGGCGCUUAUUUUGCUUCCUAAUCGUUUUUCCUCAGGGAUUUAUCAUCCACUGCAGUGAAGAAAGCAAGAGGGUGAGAGAGGAAACAAAAAUCAUUUUAGGAGCAUUUACCACUUAGCUCUGUGGUCUCCCGUCUGGUUCGAAGAGGGAUUUUUAACUGUCUACUGCUACAGGCAGCACUGCUACAGCAAGUUCAUGGCGGAGAUGGACUCCCUCUCCACCCCAAACAACAUCCGCAUCUCCGACGUGACCUGCGACUCCUUCCGCAUCGGCUGGGACAUGGCACCAGAGGACAUGGGCCGCGUCACCCACUACUUCAUCGACCUGAGUCGCAAGGAGGGCAGGGACCCAAAUCGCUUCAAACACAGGGAUGUGCCGACCAAGCUGGUAGCCAAAGCAGGUGCCCUUCCCAUGGCUGUGCGGGGUCACUGGUUCCUGAGCCCACGGACCGAGUACUGUGUGGCGGUUCAGACGGCGGUGAGGCAGCCAGAGGGGGCUGACUACCUGGUGUCAGAAUGGAGCCAAGUGGUGGAGUUCCACACUGGAGAUUACGGUACAGUCCAUCUUCAGCAGCUUCUCCAUAAGGCUGAGGGUGCUGCCGGGAGACUUCUGAGGUUCUCCGUUUUCUACCGCAACCAGCACCCAGAAUACUUCCACUAUAUCAGGUCAUCGUGUGCGGGGGUGAUGUACCCCUCCCUCAAAGACAGCAGCGGUAGUCAUGGUUCUCCUAUCAACGGUACACUCAACGGAGUGUUUCUCAGCUGUAAUACAGAGUUCGACACUGGCCUGCCCCCCAGAGAUUCGCCCUAUGGCCCUCUGCGUUUCCAGAUCCCUGCAUCUCAGCUGCUGAACCCCUCCACUGCCUGCCUCUACUUUGCCGACUUCUACUGCAUGUACACCCCCUACCACUACGUCAUCCUUGUGCUGACCACUGCUGGCUCAGAGGGCGAUCGCUUUUGCCACGCCCACUUGCCCCAGCUGGACCUUGCGGCAAACCCCUUCCUGACAUACAACCCGCCACAGAGGGAGGGGGAGGAGCCGGUUUACUGCCACGCCCGCGACGUCAUCUUGGAGGUGUUCUACACGGAGCCACUGCACCUGGACCAGGGCACACUGGUGGAGAUCAGUGGUCACCAGCUGAUGAGCUUGUCCACCGCCAAUGCCAAAAAGGACCCCAGCUGCAAGGUGUGCAACAUCAGCGUUGGACGCUGAAUGAGAGGGAUGGAGAUCUCAGAGGGCUUAUCUCUCUAACAAUGUCAAAGGCCAAAAGCAGGGAAUGAAACACAACCUGACAAACUGGCAGACAGUCUGCCCUGUCAGUGUCUGUGCAUGGUUAUGGGGAUCCAGUGAGGGUGGAGAACUGGAUUUUUUAUUUUGAUUUUAUAUUUUUUGAUUCCCUCCUAUCACUCAAAGCAAAGGACACACCUUACAGUUUUACUCCUUAAUCAAGUUGCGUGUUUCUCCACUACUGCUGUCCGUGACUGCUAACCAUAACACUCCUGGAGUCCCAACCCUUUCCCAAAUCUAGAAUGCGAACCCUAACCCCCUGUGAAGCAGCAGGCCAGGGGCACAUUGGGGCCCCCCAACCCAGACCAAUCCUAUCAUGCUUCACUUUUUUUUAGGGCCCCUGUCACUCUGGGGCCCUAGGAAUUGUCCUAACUUUGUCCCGCGUUUUGGUGCCCAUGCACCAGGUCACAUAGCAGAAAGUCUUCGUUUUCACCUGCGUCUCCCUCCCCCUCCUCUGCAAACAUACCCAGGAACCGGCCAAACUGUUCACUGCUCGAUUCACCAGAUUCUUAACUGAUAAACCUCCAAAAUGUGGGCACCAGAUCUCGUCUACCAGGCGCAUAUUUGGUAUCACUGUAUAUACUAUGCAUAGAUUGCAUCCUGUACAGUCUUUCUGUUCAUUUUUCACUGUUGCUCCCUGCCUGUUCAAAAUAAUUAACUUCUCUUGACAGUGUUGUUUCAUAGUGCAGCUGCAGAUAUUUACAGAAAAAAAAACAACUCUACUGGCAUUCUUUAAACAAUGACUAUAGUCCACUAGCCAUGGACAGAAGAGGACUGAUGAACUGUCAGAGGUUUCAUCGACUCAAAUGCAUUGAGGAAAUCAUGAAUGUCAGAAUGCUUAUUUCAUCGUCUUACAAAAUAUAUGCAUGCAUGGUUAGUCUGUUUAGAUGUAUGUGAUUUAUAUUUUGGAAAAAGAGAGGAUAAUAUGUAACGUAAAGAUAAAAUCUAUUUGCAUCUGCUGGCCUCCAGCCAUUAAGCAAGCUCUUCGGCUUCUUGACAAAAGAUGUCACAGACGGCUGUACUGCCUGUGUGGAAAUUGAGAAUCUGAAAGCGACGGACAUACCAAGGUGCUAAAUCAUCUGAUCUACGAGGUAGAAAUUUUAACCUUCCUACAUGAGGUGCCAGCCGUAGAUUUCGGACGUAGCAUCCCUCUCUUUCUCUAAGCUUUUAUGUCAGAUCGAGGACAUCUGUGUAUCGGUCAUGCUAACGAGCACUUUUAGUCUAACAGAGACGCAUCAUCCACCAGUAGUAUUUCAAUAAGGCCGUAACAAAUAUUCACACAAUAAAGCUAGGAUGAGU